AUGGCUACUAAGCUAUGCGAUUCCUGCAAGUCAACAAAAGCAACACUAUUCUGCCGUUCUGACUCAGCUUUCCUCUGCAUCACCUGUGACUCCAACAUCCACGCCGCCAACAAACUCGCAUCCCGCCACCACCGCGUCACACUCUGCGAAGUCUGUGAACAAGCUCCCGCUCACGUCACAUGCAAGGCCGAUGCCGCCGCUCUCUGCGUCUCCUGCGACCACGACAUCCACUCCGCGAACCCCCUCGCUAGCCGCCACGAACGUAUCCCGCUCAACACCUUCCACCACAGCAACAGUCAGCAACAAUUCUUCUCCGAUUCCGAUCCAGAUGCUGACGUCAGCACCGAAGAAGCCGAAGCUGCUUCCUGGCUCCUCCAAACUCCAUCAAACCCUAAAGGCCCCGAUCUAAACUCAUCUCACUACUCAUUCACCGAAAUCAACGGUACCGACCUCAAUUUCGUCUCCGUCGACGCUAAAACUGACUCGCCGGAGGAACAUAGUCCCGGCACAGCAGACGGAGUCGUACCGGUGCAGUCUCAUAGCAAAACCGUCACGGAACACUACUCCGAUAUAAACAACGAUUUCUCUACUUCGAAACCUUUUACUUACAACUACAAUCACAACGUAUCGUCACCUUCGCUGGAGGUUGGAGUCGUACCAGACGGAAACGUGAUGUCGGAGAUAUCGUACUGUGGUUACGGAAGCACGGCGGCGGUGCAAAUCACGGCGGCGGAUAGAGAAGCUAAGGUUAUGAGGUACAGAGAGAAGAGAAAGAAUAGAAGGUUCGCAAAACGCUCUGAUUUGAAUAUGAAUGUGAAUCUAAUCGCUGAGGAUGAGUGUUAUGAUGGAUACGGCGUCGUUCCUUCCUGUUGA